AUGGACUGGAAUGUAAGACCACUCCAGAACACUCAUGCAAAAAAGAACCUGCAAAGUGAAGAUGCAUGUUACACUCAGUUGCUUUCUGAUGCACCUACUUUUCCUCAGACAAGUGCCUAUUCCUCUACAAAUGCGUGCACUUAUGCUGGAAAUAGCCAAAUGAUGUAUCUGCCAACAAGCAAUAUUGCCUUUGCUUUUGGAAAUGCUGAAGGAUUCAAAUCUUCAGAUCAGGCCUUACCAGGAUCAUCUGUAGCUGGUAAUAAUUUUUUUAUCUCAAAAUUCUCAGUAGAGCGAUGUCCACCAUCUUACGUACCAGUAGCUCCAAAACCUCCCAAUCAGACAUCACGUUUACAGGCAGAGAUGACUCAGACUUCUUGGCCAACCUCUAAUGCCUAUGUUUAUCACCUUAGCAAAUUACCUCCCCCGUCAUCUCAAGUGAACACUGGAAAUAACCUGAGAAAUGUACUUCGGGAACCUCAGUAUGUCACCACAAACAGUUACACUGUGCGGCCACAAAUACCGCAGCAUAAUUCUAUGAGAACGACAAUGUUAUAUCAAAGUAACGUGCAUUCCCAGUAUAAUUCUGUAUCUCUUGGUACAUCCGGGCAACAUGUCCAAAACCAAAUAUAUCAUCCCAACACUCAGUUUAAUGUUUUACACUCAUCGAAUCAAAAUACUGAAGCAAAUGUACAGCUGCUACAGUAUCAACCGAGUCAGAUGGGAUCAGAAGCUCCUAGCAGAUGUUCUGCACCAUCUUUGUUGCCUGCCAAUUGCGAUUCAAGACCUGCAGCACAAUCUUCCAUGGGUGUACCGCAGGCAGUGCAAAAUGUGCCUAAUGGAUACACCCUUAGCCAGCAGAUGCUCCCAUCAGAGCCGAAAAAUGCUGCUGGUUUUAACAGUGUUCAGCAACACUGUCAGAAACAGCAAUCUGGAGAAGUCAGUCAAUCGGUUAGGAAUGUCUGUAAUUCCAGUGGAAACGUGACAGCAAAUCAGCCUUUUAGUGAAAUGUCUGUGCCGUCCCCUGCCAUUUCCAAAGAACUGUAUGAUAUUGUGCAAGAAAUGGAAGCUCUUUCUUCGGUGCCUGCUUCAAAACCACUGAGUAAUCCUGCUUCAGUUCAAGAAAGCCAGACUAGUAGUUUAAUGAAUGGGGCUGUUAAUUCUCAAAUUUCAUCAGCAGCAGCAAAUGAAAGAACAAUUACGAAGGACAGAAUAGCUUGGGAAGCUGAAAGGCUGCUCACUAUUAAAAAAAAAUGCGUCCUGCUUGAAAGGAUGCAUCGUUAUAGAAGAAAACUCUUAGCAGCUGCAGAACGUGACAAAAGUACUCACCCACUUCCUCCAAGUCAUCAAAGUACUCUUGCUAAUUGUCUUCCAUGGGGGCCCAACCAAAAUGUACCACCUUUCCCAUCUGAAACAGCGAGGACAGAGACUCCAAUACUUAACUCUUCACUCGAAGAAGGAAACGACAAAAAUGUCGGCAAUGCUGGCAACGGAGGAUUAGAGGUGACUCAAAGUAACCCUCAGGUGGAGCAGGGAAGCCUUUCAUCAAGCUCUGCUCCUGUUCCCUCUCAGAGCAAACUCCCAGCUCAGUUAAAUAAUCCUCAGAGCACUGCCCUCUCGGAACAAAGGGAUGCAUAUGCCUUGGCCUCUUCUGAAAAACCUGCGACGUCCUCGAGCAGUGCUUCAUGUUUUAGUCAAGUGGAGAGCUCUAUCAAAAAUGCCUCAAAGAAUGUGCCAGCUAACCCCAAGAGCUCAUCAUUUCUUCAGUUUGUAUUGAGCAGCACAAAUAUAUUGAAGGAGAAGACAGCUGGUGCUACCGCUGAUAAAAUACUGACUAGUCUCCUGUGUGCUGAAAAACCACUGGUAGAUACAUCCGUCUCGGGUAGAAGCUUACUAAAAGACACUUGUGAGAAGAGCGCGGAAAGUCUGAAAGGUGAGCAGGCAUCUAUGGUUCACACAAACUCUCCUGUAUCAGAAACAACUGAAUCUGGUGAAGCUAAAUUCCAGAGUGGUGUAGCUCAGAAGAAAAUGCCAUUUAUUGAAAAUACGUCUUUAAAACAGAGCACUUACAGUUACUCUGUGGAAGAGCUAGCUGCAUGCCUGGGCUUGUGGAGGAAACAUCCGUCGGAAUCUGUAAGUGUGCAAAAUAUCCAGUCAAAUGAAAGCCCCACAGCAAAUCAGAUUUCAGCGUACAGCCAGAACACAAAAAAUAGAGAACAAAAUAAUGUUCUGGUUAGUACAGAUGAAGCAAUUUUGCCCGUAACUGCUUCUGUAGGACAAAAACUUGACACGUUGAGUUGCAAUUUGUUGAAAAGUUUUGAACUCCAGGUUGCGGUUGUCUCUCCUUUAGUACUUUCUGAACAGAGAACACAGAGUGAGCAGGCAGACAAAUGUCCAACACCUGCAGGUAAAACCUAUCCAGGGAUUGACUCAGGAAGCACGUGUAGCUUGCAAGAAGAGGGGAAAAAUGGUUUAAGUGUGGUAAAUACUGAUAAAGGAACAAUCGACGCUGUUCAGUCCUCACCCAGCGAUGGAGUUCUGGUACAGAAAGUGGACUCACAUAUGCAACAGACCAAAUUAGCUGAUGGAAACAGGACAGUAAAAAACAGUGUGAGUGCAAAUGAUUCACGUGAUAAAAACCAAGGGAAAGCCAGUCAAUCUGCACAAGAUGGCAGAGAAAAUCUGCAGCUUGGAUUACAAAACAAGUCUUCUCUUCCUGAAUUGGGCAUAAAUUCUUCCAGUCAAAUCAAUAAAGACAAGCAAGGUACAUUAGAGACUGGACAUAUAUCCACAGCUGUGUUGAAAGAACAGAUGUUUUCUAUUUCUAGUGUAUGUACUCUUGUUGAAGGUAAUACAUUCUAUAAUCCGCAAAUAGCAAGUAUCUUCAAGUCAGUCCCUGAGACACGUGCGUUAAAUGGUACCUCACCAGAAGGAAAUGUGUCUGACCCAAGGCAAAAGGAGCAAUGGCGAGACUUGCAUAAAAACGAGCUGAGCAAGAACACUCCCCAAAGAGAGAGCUUGCUGCAAGAGGUGUUGGAGGAAUCAUCAAGCUGCACAAGUAAAGCAGGUGAGAUUUUGGAUGGUACCACAACUAGUCAUUCAGGGAAAGAAAGCAGUGGCAAUCCUCUUAAAACAAUUUCUACCUCAGACCAAAAAAUGUCAUUUAAUGCAUCUUUCAAGCGCCCUGAAAAUGACUUAGAAAUUCUUGCUAGUAUAAACCAGGAGUUAGCUCAAAAUUCGCUAGAUUUCUCGAUCAGCAUAACUGCUGAAACAAAUGCGCUCACUGUUCCAAGAGACAACAGUAAACAAAACUACAUGUCUGGUAAAAACAGCACAGACAAAGAGGUGAACCUUUUUGGAGCAGAACCUAUUAAAUAUCUAAACAGUCAGCUGUCUGAACUAGUGAAAGAGUUUCCAUAUGGCAUUGAAGGUGCUGGUUUGCUAACAAAAGAACCAGUACAAAAUUCUUCUGUGGGUGAGCGGAAGGAGAAUCAACCUCCAAAAGAGGCUCCAAUUUGUGACAAGAAUUCUUGUUUGAAGGACCCAGUAGACCAGAUAAAAAUUGCAAUGUUAAGCUCGGAUCAAAUGCAAGAACUGUUUCCUGAACGCAACCGGUGUGCCGCUAGUGACAGCAAGACAGUAGCCAGUCAACAGUCAGAAGCGGCUUCAGCUGAGAAGGAGAACCUCGAAGGCAGCGUUCAGCCUAGUCAGAGUUUGUGUGAGAAGACAGAAACCCCCCAAGACCCCUCCAACCCCAGGAAAGAAAAAAAAGAUGAUUGUUCUUUAAUGGAUUUGCUGUCUGUAGCAUGCAAAAUGCCGCAGUGCCCCUCUAACUUUGGAACGUCUGGUUCGGAGAAAAAUGACGAUCAGCUUUCAAAAGCUGUAUGUGCUAGCCCUGCAGAGAGGCAAGAAAACAGCAGUAAAUCUGACAUCGGAAUGAAGAACGACUGUGCAGCGGGAAACCUGCCAGUUUCCGAAAAAAUCCCAAAGAGUGUUAGCAAAAAUAAAACAGACGUUUGCAAAUACACCUCUGUAACGAACAAAAAAGCUAAGCUAAAGGUGAAUAAUGAAUGCAAACCACUUGCAACACAACAGGAAAAAACUGGACCACUGAAUUCCCCUGAAGACCAGGAUGUUGAUCAAUCGAAAAGGAGCAGCUGGAAGGAAGAGCUGCAGAUUGACAGAGGAACCCCGCUGGCAGGCAAAGAGUUGAAUUCUGACAAAAAAGAACAUCAGGCAGUCUCGGAAGGCUUGUCAGAGAAAACUGGUCAUACGGACGCAGACAAUAUGACCAAGUCAUCCAAAAAGAAAGAGGGAGUUUUCAAAACGCAGCCCCUUUCAAAAGAGAAAGCCAAAACAGGUUUGGCCAUGAAAUCCAAAACAGAUGUUGAUAAAUGUACAAAGUCAGAAACUGUUGAAAUUAAGCAUGCUGAAGUCAACGAAGGACACAAAAUUAACACCUGUGAAGAGAAAGCUGAAGAAUGGAACUGGAGGAAGCAAAAGGAGAUACUUGGGCAAAAUGUAGGAAUUCACAUCAAAGAGAAAACCAAAUUAUCAGCAGAGAGAAAACUUAAAAAGCUGAACAGUUAUCGUGCUGAUGCUGUAAAGUUCCCAAAUUUUGGCAGUGUAGACUUUAAGUCGAGAAACCACAAAUAUUCCCAGCAUAGCUCUAUGAAAGUUCAUCCUUUGCAGGAGCAGUCAUACAAACGGAAAAGGAAGGAAAAUAUGAUUGGGAAGAGAGACCCAAAGAAAGCAAAGGUGGAAGAGGAAAGAACGCAACAAUCUGAAGCAAGGAGUUCCAAGCAGCUUUCACAGAAUUGCAUGAGAAAUGCUGACAAAGCUAAAACGCUGAAUGGAGAAAAUGGCUGGAAACCGAAGAGUUCGUUAGCGGAUCGCUCGGUGCUUAAACGACAGAGAAAAAGGGCUCGAUCUUCUACCAUCUCUAAAAACUGCUUUCCUAACAAAGAGAGACACUUGGACGGUCAGAACAAAGACAAGUGCUCUGAGAAAAUGUUUCCUGAUAAAAACCUGCUGUACUUAAAUAGAAGAAAUAACAGAUUAAAAUUGCAUCUUCAAAAGGAGCCGAAAAAACACUACCUGAACAGAGUUGCAUUUAAACGUAUGGCACAGGAGCGCAUAUAUCUGACAAAAUUAGAGACGUCACCUGUCAGACCUGUCUGGCAUACAAAGUCCAAGUCGUCCCAGAAGAGCCCAGAUGCAAAAAGAGAUGCUUCUGUCUCAGAGGUUGAGAAAUCCUGUAAAGUGGAAGUACUGGAAUUUAAGCUGUGUCCAGAGAUACUGUUCAGAAAUCCAGCCACUGAUGAAGAAAGCUUAGCUGCAAAGAAUUCCCUGGGAAGAGAGAAAGCCGUUGUGGCAGGUGUCAAGAGUAAAAAAGAAGAUUGGUUAAAAUUUGGUCCUGUGAAGCAGAAAAAACUGGAAGAGAUCUCUACAGCUGAGGACAGUAUUCCGCUUGAUACAGCUAUACAGAUCCUGGAUGGAGAGGGUGAGGCUCUGCACAUUCCAAUCAAAGACUCAAAAGGGAUGUUUCAGACUUACAGGAAAAUGUAUCUGGAAAAAAAGAUGCAAAAGCCUUGA